UCUGCCCCCCUGUGGGUAAAGUAACCACCGCAUGGGAGUUUCUAUCCUGGCACCAAGGUUAGUCAUUAACCUUGUCUUUUCAGUUACUCAGGGCACCGAAGGAGGACAGUACUCUGUCCGAGGCAUGCUGCUGCUCAGCCGCCACAUCUUACCAUGGGCGACUGUAACCACUGUACACACGAGCGGGCUUUAUCCGUAGAGGACGACAUUACUGUGGUGUUUCACAAAGUUGACAGCCAUGACAAGAACAGCGACGGCGACGACCACGACGAGUGUGGCGACGAUGAACGGACAGCAGAGCGGGUUCACUUGCAAAGAAACUGUCAUGUGUUGUGCCAUUAUGGUGAAGAUGCUGAGGAGAAGGGGGAAGCGCGAGGGAGCGAGGAUUCACAGGAAGGCAGCGAGAAGAAAACGCUGUGUCCGCCUGCGUUUUGCGUCAGGAACAAGCCCGCAUCAUCCCGAGACGGAAGCGCACGUGAAGAAAAACCAAAGGGAUGUCCUGGUCUUGGUUUGUUCUAUGCUUUCUUGUCCACAGUUUUCUUCUCCAUCAUUGCCGUCUUGGUGAAAACCAUCCAGGGAGUGCACGCCAUAGAAAUCAGCGCCAUACGCUGCUUCUUCCAGAUGCUCUUUGUUAUGCCAUUACUCAUCUACCACAAGACAGGUUUCCUCGGACCCAGAGAUAAACGUAUAUUUCUGGUACUUCGGGGUUUCAUUGGUUCCAAUGCCAUGAUCCUGCUCUUCUAUGCUGUUCAGCAGAUGCCAUUAGCAGAUGCCACCGUCAUCAUGUUCAGUAAUCCAGUCUUUACCUCACUCCUGGCUUGGAUCUUCUUGAAGGAGAGAUGUACAAUCUGGGACUGUGUCUUCACUGUCUUCACCAUCACUGGAGUCAUACUUAUCGCCCGGCCACCAUUCCUCUUUGGCGGUCAUCUACGUGGCAUUGAGGGCAACUACACCAACCACAUCAAGGGGACUAUUGCUGCAUUUGCAGGAGCGAUCGCUGCUGCUUUUACGUUUGUUGUCCUUCGCAAGAUGGGGAAGAGCGUACAUUACUACCUCUCUGUUUGGUACUAUGCUGUAAUCGGUUUCAUCGAGUGCAUCAUCACUGUAUCCGUCCUUGGGGAAUGGAAAAUCCCGUUCUGUGGCCGUGAUCGCUGGUUGCUGAUGUUGAUCGCUGUCCUGGGUAUUGCUGGUCAGUCCUUCCUGACGAAAGCCCUGCAGAUCGAGAAGGCCGGACCUGUGGCCCUGAUGAGGACUGUGGAUGUGGUGCUGGCGUUCAUCUUCCAGUUUAUUUUCUUUAACCGUGCACCGACCUUGUGGAGCCUUGGAGGGGCGCUGUGCGUAGUGUUGAGCACUAGUGGAGUAGCAGUUAGGAAGUGGUACAGUAGCUCUCGUAAGAGCUGAGCAGGAGAAGCAGUAUAGAAUACUUAAGUAUUACUAUUUAAACUCUUUUCACUAGCAUAUGUUCUUGAUUUCUUCAGUGUUUUACUUGUUAUUUACAUGCAAACCUAAGGAGGAGGUUUAAGCUAUUUAGAGAGUUGAAAGCAAAAACAUACAAGGAUAAUCAAGUGGCGGUCAGUUAUGAGCUUGUGAGAGUUUUUAAUACAAAUUUGAAUACUGUACAUCUAUACAUGUUGAUGCCUGAGAGUCAACUUGUGUAAUUAACUAUUAUGCAUUUAUUUUUGUGUAAAUGAGCACAUCUGUGAGGGAAAUAAGCAGAAGAAAAACCUUUAUAUCCACUUUACAGCUGUAUCCCACUCCCUGGAGUCUGUGUAGCUAACAAACUGCUUAUUCAUGAGCGAAUUCCUAUUCUCUCCUUAAUAAAAUAUGCACAGCAUAAAUGGGGUGAAAGCUGAAUUUCACCAUAAUGAAGAAGUUUGAUGAAAGAUGUCCUUGGGUCCCAUUUGCCUUUUGCUUCAACCUGAACGAAAUAGCCAAAGAGAUAGGUUUACUGUAUUGGGACCAUUCAUACUGUUUCACAUAACAACAAUAAUAGUACACUAAAAAAAAGUAUACUACGUAUUUUAUUUUAUUGUGGCAUGUGCUAGGCACUGUGAAAUGAGUAUUUGUGAAGAAAACACUUAAUGCAUCUGUGAUGCUGACAAUGUAACUAUGAUCACUCUUACAACUACUAUAAGGAAAGGUAAAAUAAUGCACAUAAGUGGUAUAAGCAUUUAAAUACAGCCAUUUAUUAGCCAUUUUUUUAGCAAACAAAAAGCUUUUAUCAUAAAGACAUUACAAAUAUUUGAGUCAAAAAUAGAAAAAUAGAAAGGCUGAAAAUAAAAUCUCAAAAUGGGUUUUCAGAGUUUUUACUUGAAUACACAAUCAUGCUGUAGGAUUCUCUCAGGGAUUUUUCACCUGUUUAUAAUGGCCAAAUUAGAAUUACACGGAAAGCCUGCCCAAACAUUAUUCCAUUGUGAUAUAUUGAUUUUCUGAUUUGAUUUUUCUUCUGUUACUUUACUAAUAUAUUAAAAGCAAAUGGAAAAUAUCUAUUAUUAUCCAGUUCAUAGUUAAUAAUUUCUUAACAAUAUUGUGCCUUAAGUAGGGACCUUUAACCUCCAGCUUUUCUCAGUAGAGCUGCUCAGUAACCAGCAGCUUGUACUGAGCAGUUCUCUUGUGUCACUGUGCAAAUGGACCUGAAGUAGGGUUCUUCUGAGAGAAAAAAAUCAUCUCAGUCAGUAAUGAUUUUUAAAUGCUUGUAUGACAAAAAUCAAAGAUAAAGUCUAGCAGCAUUUUUUAAAUGAGGCACAUAAGAUGUGACCCUUAUAUCCCCCAAAGGCCAGUCUUAUGGUGGCUAGCACUUAAUGUCAUCUUAGAGCUAAAGCAUCUAUUUAGUGCUCUCAACAGUCUAAGAAUAUCUUCUCUUUUUAUCUAAUGUGACACUUUCUUUAACAGUUAUGUAUGUUUGUUUCCUUAAUUUUCUUCUUUAAGAAGUCAACUAUAUAUUUUAAGGAGACUAGAGAUUUACAGAAGUCCUAUAAGGCAUGGCACAUGUGAAAGCACAAUUAAAGCAAUGCUGCCCUUUCUAUGCUGGAGAAAGCACUCUCUUAGAUUGACCUGAGAGUUUAUUUGAUGUUUAUUUCCAUUUAAUUUGCUGUGGUUUGAAAUUAGCUCAAUUGUGCACAAACAUUAUGCAAGAAGAAGUCAAAUUAUACUGAUUAGGAUAGCACUGAUAUAUUUUAUCAUCAAUAUUACCAGUACCAGUUAUUAAUAAAAAAUGCAACAGCUCAUAAAAUUCUAAUCCUACCCAUUGGUUUUAAAGAGCAGAAUAAACUGUAGUUAAAUUGUUCACUUUGGGUCAUUGUAAAACAAGCCCUGGGAUAUAAUUAAUUUUUUAAGUGAUGAACAGUCAAAGUGUGAAAUAUACAAAAAUCAGCCUACCACUUGUGAUUCCAGUGUCGUAUUUUAGUGUGGAGGAAUUUAUUUAAAGACACUGUGGCAUUUAUUUAUCAUUGUUCGUAGUACAGUAGGAUGUUAAGAUCACUUCAGAUGUUCAGAGGCUAGUUUUAUGUUGUUCUUGUUUGGUUUGCUUUGACAUUGACUUUUAGUGCUCAGAAUUUUGGUUUAGUUGACUUGAAUGCUGGUAGUGUAAGCACAAUGUGUUGAAUUGCCAGCAGAUGGUUAGGUAAACAUUUGUUUCAGGACCUAUAAGCCUUACAAACCUACUAAAGAUGUUUUUAGGAUUUUUAAACUAUGCUUUAAUAGUAUUUUUAAGAUUUCUGUAAUGUAUUACAUCGACAUAUUCUAUAAGAUGUAUAUAUUUCUGCAUAGUGAUGGUUAAUAUUUAGUUUCUUAUUAUUCAAGAAUAAAUUCUAUAUGAAUUUAUAA